AUGCGUUCAACAACCUCAAGCGCCGAUGGUGGCCGAACCCUGGACACUCUGCCAACUGAAGUCAAGAAUGAGAUCUUCUCCCAUUUCCUCUUGGGCAAAAACGUCAGAUAUUCCACCAAGGGCAAACAACCUGGCUACAGGUACAAGUUCAACACUUCCCUCAUGCUUGUCAACAAGAGACUCAACCAAGACGCGUCCGUGUAUGUUCGAAGCCACAACGAGUUCGUCCUCAUCCACAUGAAAUGGUUUGCCUUUGAGAUCGACCAAGGCAGAUUCCUCCCUUACGUCGCUGUCGGUAAUGUGGCCAAGACCUUCAAAUGUCCCACGGUGGAAGCCACGAUCAAGCAUCAGGGCACCAAAUGCGGAUGCACUCCUGGCUCGGACUGUUCUGUCAGGCACCAGCCAGUGCCAGAGAAGGUCACACGUGCUCUGUUGAUGACCGAAGAUCUGGACGUCUUCAUCAGACAUCUCAAGCUGGCCUACCACAUCUGGCCAACCCUUCCCAUCUAUGUCCACUCAGCGCCCGGUGACAAUCUUGUCGAGUGGUCAGCCAGUCCAGCCCAGACGCAUAUCGACCUUGUUUGGAAGAUCAACAAGCCGUUCCGUCAGGACCUCACUCAGCUCGAGCUCCACGAGCGUCAAAACAGACUGUUGGAUCCCAUCUCCAAGCUUGUCAAUCAUGACCAGAAUGUCAAGAUACUUGGUGCCGAACCCGAUCUUGUGUCCCGCACGGUCAAAGCCAUGACUCCACGCCUACUCUCGCUCGAUGCCGUCGGCUGGGACCUCUACCGCCUCAUCAAGGCCGAGAAGCAGUACUUGGAUCAGAUACCCAACCAUCAAACAUCGAAGCAACUUGAACUGAACCACGCCUACCAGUAUAUCGCCAGCCUUGGAUGGCUCUUUCCUGAAAACAACGAAUCACCCUCGACAGCCUUCGUCUUCAAAGCUGACUCCCCCGGCUUCAGUGAAGAGGGCGUGGCCUUGGCGUACUGGUCCAUGGAGAACGGACAACACGACCAACAUACGUCCUGUUGGCAAUAUAACGUACAAAUCCUGAGUCUUGACUGCACACUCACCAUGGCAAAGACGGCUUUGGAUAUGAAGAUGCUGAAAUCUUGCAACUUCUUCAUCAACUCCUGCAACAUGAUCUUGAACACAGGCUAUUUCGCCUUUCCCGACGAGAUCCAGUCGGCCGUGUGUCAUUACGACUGCUUCCUGUCGCUUUGGCAAUCGGGUCUACAGAAACGCCCUAGUGCGUACACUGAUAUCAUGCUUACUCUGGAUACCAUCUUGUUGCAAGGCGCCGCCAAUGGGUUUGAGGACGAGUAUGUCCGCCAGGACAGGGACCGAGUUGCCCGCAUUAUUUCGAUCUGUAACGACGACAGACACAACUUCCCCGGUCUUUAUCGUCGCCAGCGUAUCUGGAACACGCAGAUUGACGUCCACCACCCUGAGGACUCCGAUUCGAUGUCACUGUCUCCUACUCUAUCUGCUAGCCUGGUUGCCUCCAUUACCCGUAUGACCGACAAACGCAUAAUCGGUCAGGACUAUUUGGACGAGGAUGAGGAUGAGGAUGAAGACGAGGGUGACGAUGAGGCUGAGCACAGCGAUGACAGUGGUUCGGAUGAGCUUGAGGGCAGCGAUAAGGAUGGCUCGGACGAUGUCGAGGACAGCGACGAGAACGAAGACAGUGAGGAUGAUCACGCUUUCCUUGGUGUCUUUAACCCUCGUCAUUCUCGCGGAGAGAGCACCUUUGCAUUCCGCACAGAGCUAUGA